ACUGUCUGGAGGGAGUUCAUUUAACCUGAGGGAGGUGGUGGAGUAGUGGAGUGACUUUAAGACCUUAUUUACUCCCACUACUCCUUUCUUCCGCCCUGUUUCCUCCUCGCAGGGGCCGGAGGAGUUCAACAUGGCAUUAUGGAAUUAAUAGAACGCAUUAAGACAACGUGAGGCGAGAUGCUAGAAACUCUGCAGCAGAAGGAGCCGCUGUCUGAGUUUGUGGACGUAGCCGAGAGGAACCGCAAGAACCAGGACCACGGAGCCACACGGACCGACAGGAGGCUGAGUCACGAUGAGGAGUUUGCAGCGGCGCAGGAGGAGUGGGAGGCUGUGCAGUGUGUGGAGCCAAUCCUGCGCUCCCCACACAAGGACAACUACCACAAGAGUCCCAAGAAGUACAUUGACAGCUCCUCCUCCUCCCCCGCCAAGACCCCAUCCAAGCCCCCGCCUGUGCUGCCCCCCACAGUCCGGGUCACGCCUCACACUGACUUUGAUGAGGUGUGGGAUUACUUCAUGCGGCAAGAUAUGAGUCAUGUCAUGGGUUCCAUCAAGCCCACACUGGAGCAGAGAGGCUUCAACGGACUCUUCCGCACACUCUUUGGGCCCAAGAAACUGAAGGCAGAGCUGGUGGAUGAGCGGAAUCUACUCUUUGCCAUCGCCCAGUGUCAGUUCGACAACAGUGAGCCCAUCCACCUCCAGAUACUACAGACAGUGUACAAGGUCCUCACUGGCACCAAGAUUGACUGUCCUCGCUAUGGCAGCCACUGGGACGUCAUUGGUUUCCAGGGGGUUGACCCGGCCACUGACCUGCGUGGUGUGGGGCUGCUGGGGUUGGUACAAGCACUUUACCUCCUCACCCAUGAGUCUCUGCUCCCCCUGGCCCGAGAUGUGUUCCGGCUGAGUCACGACCAGCAUUCUCAGUUCCCCCUCAUGGUGCUCUCAAUCAACGUGACGCGCAUCUCCCUUCAGACACUGCGGGAAGGAUACCUCAAUAAGGAGUGUAACAGCCGAGGCAAUGUGCGACACGUCCUCAACCAGUUCUUCACUGCUGUCCUCUUCCACAUCUUCUGGAUCUGGAAAACUGAGUCCAAGACAAUAAAGGACUCUGGCUUCAUCAUUAAAGAUGCCGAGGCGUACUGCAAGCGCAACGUGAAGACAGUCCUGCAGAAGCUCCAGGUCCAGCUGCGUAAAUACUCCCAUGCAGAGGAGGGCCAACUGGUGUGAGGGCUGCGGUGGUGGCCCUGGCCCUGGGAUGGGUCUCAGUGCAGGUGGUGUAGCAGGGCAGUGUGGGUGUGGUCCCUUGCCGUGUGGGCUGCCAGUGUCUUAUUCCCUCGCCAACGUGAGUCUCCGAGGAGUGCAUAGAUAUUAUUUUUUCACUUAUAAGUACAGUGAGUUCUUGUCAGGUGAUUGCAUGACAUUUGUGAUCUUUCCAGGUAACCUUUGUUGAAAGACUGGUACGGGAAAUGCCUUAAGUCUUGCAUUUAGAAUGCAGUCGUAGGAAGUUUUCAGGUAUAGUUUACAAGGAAAACAUGACAAAUAGCAUGCAAAGUAAUAGUUUGAGAAGGUGAAUUAGUGUUUUGUAUCUGACUCCUCGUUUUUGUUGUAAUGUUUGUUUUCCUCGUUGUCCCAUUUGAGUACACAGGGUGCAGGUAGUCUCCAGUACACGGGGGGCGCGCAGGGCGGGGCCUCGCCGCCCCACGUCAAAUAGUAUUAGAAUAGGUAGGAAGGGAAACACAGAUCUUACUCUAUCCAGAUGGAUGCAAAGUGGACAUAUCUGCAUUGGCACAGGACUAGGGUUAUGUGAACCAGAUUAUUAGUGUGAUUAUCUAAGGCAGUGAUUGACCUGAGCACUUUCAUAAGAUUAAAUAAAAAGAAGGCUUUAUAUGAUAGAGGUUGAGAGUUGAAGAGUCUAUAUAUACUAUAUAUAUAACACGUAUGUAUAUUUGAGGUUUAUGAUGUGAUCAGUACGUUUAUGUGCUUAACUGCUGUAGAGUGCCAGCUGUUGCUAAUACAUGGGACCAGGUGAUGAAAAGUGGGUACUGGCAGACACAUUAAUACUUACUUGCAUGUGCAAUCUUACCAGGAGUGAUGUUUCUACGCCAUGCAGGACUGUUUACUGUAGUUGUUGCUGUGCUGAGUGUGUCACAGCCUUUUAUUUUUGUGCAUGUAGACAAAUAUGGGAGAGUGCUGUGAACUAAUUGUAAUCUUCUCAUGGCUCUUAUCUGUAGAAAUGAGUGUGUUGGGUGUGCAGUGUUUUAUUUUUGUCAUCUUGAAAACUGCUGCUGUUUACAAUAUUACUGUUUCUUCAUAUGCAUGUCUACUUAAAGCUGUGGUUGUUUACACAUGACAUUGGUAAACAUGCUUCCCAUGUAUAUCCUUUGAAAUCAUGGUUGUUUCCAUAUAUUGGUACAUAUUUAUCUCAUGUACUCCCACUUGACUGACUGCUGUGGUCAUGCACAUUCAUACACACACACAUCCAGUGUUUACAUCCUGCAAGGCUGUUGUUUAUAUUCAUAGGCACACGUACAGUAUCUCCGUGUAUACCUUUUGUGCAUUUUCUGGUGUAAUGAUGUGAUAAGCAGCAUUUUAAUUCACCUUCACCAUGCAUCCUGUGUGUUUCUAAGGUACUUACUUGCCACCAUUUUCACUCACCAUGCAUUGUUGCACUUGCCUUCACAGAUUUUGUGGCACUUUUCUAAGACACGCCAAUGUUUUCCACUGACUUUUUUUAUCAUCUUUUAGCAAAUAACCUUGUUGCUCAAGUAAAGAAAAUGCGUAAUUGACAACUAUACAGUGUCAAUCACAAUGUUCUAUGCUUCACCAAACCCAAGCACCAAACACCAUCCUGCACCAAGUCUUGCUCUGCUGCAUGCUAGCAAACUCACUGACAGGCUGAAGGAAACCCAGACUAGAGGAUAGCCAAUAGUCUGUGGUGUGUUCCUUUAUACCCACCAUCAUGUCCCUGCCUGGUGUGGCCUGUUAGUGUCAGCUGUAGUGUUUCACCCCCAUCUGGUGCAUCGGUGUGUCAGCAUCACUCGAUCCUGUGUGGUCUGUUUGUUGCCUUGUAGUAGCAUGUGCCCCCUGUGAUUCCUGGGCAGGCUGGCAGUACCUCUUGGCUCCCGUUGGCAUGCUGUUGGCUGUCUGUGGUAUCUGUAAGUGUAUGUGAGGCAAUCAUUUCCAUUUUGUGUUUCCAAGAUAAGGCCCCACAUCUCCCAUUCCUCCCCUGGCUUUCUGUAGGCAUGUUGUCACGCAGAUCUUUGCCUUCUGUUGUGUUAAGGUGUGUGGCGCAAUUCUUUGGGAGUAUUUUAUGUAAUCCCACCAUGGUACAACUUAACCAAUUGCUGAUUUUCGCAACAGGAAUGUAUCUUAUGUACAAUCUGUGUGGGCGGGCAGACCUACACUGUUACGUUGAGGUCCUGUCUCCGGUUUUUAGUGCAAAUGGUCGCUUUUCUUUUUCUAGUGUCUCAACCAAAAACAAUCGCAUUAGUUUUAAGUUCCCGGCGCGGAGCAUCAUUGAGGUGGUCGAGGUUCAGGCUCUCUUGGCGUUGUGUGUCCUGUUUCUCCUGUCAGGUAAAGGUUUGUGUUGUCAGUACUCUAUGUGUGUGAAAAACUAAAGUGUCGUCAUAUUUAUUCAAGAAAGUUGACGCUAUAUAUAUAUUUUUGUGAAUUGCUUUGUGAAUUAAAUUAUUGCUAUAGCUAAUCUUUUGUUUUGUCUGUUUUGUUUUUUGCAUUAGGUGUGUUGUAUUGUUGUCAUUUUAAUGCAGGUAUCAGUUGUGAAAAGAUCAGAUAUUUUAUUUUUUGUGUGGUGGUUUGAACCUGGCCUUAGUGGUGUUGUGAACUUGGAGCUCUUGAGUUCUGGAAGGUUAUAGGUUAAGCAUACUAGUGUUAAAAAGACCCCAGAUGUUUCUCUUCUUAGUUGUAAUUGUUCUCUAACCUCCUCUGCUCAUGCUCACUCAAGACGAGAAAAACGAAUUUGUGAAACGAAGACAAUUAGUUAAGAGAUAACAAAAGAUCUCAUAGUUAUAGGAAGAUGGAGUUUGUAGGUAAAUGUUGACAGUACUUUUCCUUCAUCACUCCUUUUCUCUUGUUCUCCACACAAAAAAAUGUUCUUUCCUUUCAUUGCUUGUCACUGCCCAUGCAUCCCUUCCCCUCUAAUAUCUGCUGAGGAAGACUGAAUAGACACUAAAUAAACACAUCAUUAAGUCAAAGGAAGAGAAUCGCUUAAAAGACAGUGAAAAGAAAGUUACUUGAAAAAUAUCCAAACCCAGAAGGUGACAUCAGUUGUGAGCAGAAGAGGUCGGAUUGAUGCAUAUACCGUGAUAAAUGUUUGCAAUAUAAGUGGGUUGAUGUAUGUACAAUGUUUACUACACUAUUGUUGUGAGGUUUCUCAUUGGGCACCAGUCUUUCUUGGGACGCGCUCAUCGUACGUAUUGCAAUAUUGAUGUACUACUAUUAAUACUACUAUUAUUGUUUAUGUCUAUGGUCACUGUUGCAUAAUGGGAAAGAAUGUUGUGUUGGCCUGGUGCAUCAUUUGUUUUGGAGGAAGAGUUUUGAUAUGCAACACUGCUUAUUUCAUUCGUUUAUUUAUUUGUUAUUGUUUUUAAUUUAUUCAUUUUAUUUUAUUUUAUUAUUACAUUGUUUGUUAUUUAUUAAUUUAUUUUUUCUUUAUCUGAGUCACUGAGGUUUGCCAGGCUGCAUAGUGUUUUGUCCUGUGAUCGACUGUCUUUCCUCCUCCAGUGUGUGUGUGUGUGUGUGUGUGUGUGUGUGUGUGUGUGUGUGUGUGUGUGUGUGUGUGUGUGUGUGUGUGUGUGUGUGUGUGUGUGUGUGUGUGUGUG